UACUACAGGCUCCUUGGCGUUGACCAGACUGCGAGCACAGCCACCAUCAAGAGAGCGUAUAAGGAGCUCGCGAAGAAAUAUCACCCCGACAAGUUCAAAGGGCAGCCGCCAGUGAAGAUGGAGGAGCUGAAUCGUGCGCACGAAGUGUUAACGGAUCCUGAUCUGCGGAAGAAGUAUGACAUGUACGGGAAAGAU